GUUUCCAGUGGGAGGUGAUAUUUCUUUGGACUAGGCUACGGACUUUACGACAAGUGGAAUUUAGUUUGAAAAGCGUACUAGAGCUGUAUCUUGGGAACCAGAUGGAAAGCAGUACACAGUCAUCCCACCGAAAAUCGCCUGUAAGACAAGGGUCGUCCCCUAUACCACCGAAACGAUCGUUAGAAUGGCUCGUUGGACGUCGUGUCAAGAUCAAGACCACCACCAACGAGGAAAUUGACGGUUUAAUUUACACAUUUGACCGCAUCACCAACUGCCUUGCUUUAGAUUGUUCUACAGGUCCUCGUCACUCGCGCAAAGGUCUUUCGUUCCGCAUUGUUAAAAUUCCACAAAUCAAAGAAAUCCUUUCCGUCACAUCGGAUGAAAACUCCACGCCUUUGCAAGAUCCCGCUAUUGAAACCAAUAUUAACAAGCUGUCAAGCUAUUUGCCCGUGAAUGCCGUGAAUCUCGACCGUCUACGUGGACGUGAAUCCGACGCCAUGAAAGGUCAUUUACAACAAGCAGCGAAAAUCGGGGUCGGUGUGACAAAGGAAGCUCAAGACAUUUUUGAUGCUCUUGCAAAAACAUUACCAUGCCGCUGGUCCAAUGACACGAUCAUUGUAUUGGAUGAAGUGCUUAUUUCACCUCCGUAUGAAGUGGAGAAUUGUAAAGCAAAUGCAUCCGCUGCUGCAUCACUGGCGAGAGUAAAGAAAGUGUUGGAGGGAGAACGACGACGUCUUGCGAGUGCGAAAAACUGAGAUGGAUAAGGGGACAUUAUUGUUUAGCUGAUAAUGUUGAUCGUUGAAGUAAAAUACAUUAUCAAAAGUUUUGCGUGCAACCUCGCUUUCACUAUGCAGCAAGCGUAUUUUUCUGUAUACUGCAUAUACAAGAAUAUGAUGCUCG